GAGGCCAGAUUAAAACACCGCACAAAUUCAAGAACAACAAAUUGCUUCGGGAGUAGGGAGUAUACUGUCAACAAAGGUCAAAUUUUUGUUAGUUAUGUAACUCUAUAAAAGAUGUCUAAUAAACAAGGCAAGAAACCACAAACUGAAUUAGAGCACUCCCCAGCACCAACUCCAGAAAGGGCAAUUCAUGGUUUUGUUCUGUACCUUCUUACUUAUGUUGCAUUUGGUUUUUAUCUUCUUUGGGCAUUGGUUCCAGACAAUGUAUUGCAUGAAAUUGGUAUCACAUAUCUCCCUCAAAGACUAUGGAUCUUUUUGGGGCCUUUUCUGAUCAUAUUGGCUGUCUCUCUUGUGCUGUUUAUCUUCUUGGUUCGUAAUUACUUGGAAACACCUAGCUGGGACUCAAUUCAAUAUCUUACCGAUGAUCACCAGGUUCUAGUGGACCCCAGAUCAAACAAAAUAGAGCCUGUGGCGGACAUGCACAUCUCUGAUGUCAACAAAAUGUUGUAUAUCAAAUCUAAAACAAGAUGACAUUGCAUCUGGCAAGUACCUUUGAAUAUGUUGGGUGAUGUUUGGCUAAAAGACCCAUUAUAAAGGGGGCACAAGUGAGAGGCACUAUGUGCACUGUAGUCUGGUGAUACCAAGGUGCCCGUAUGAAUGUACCAAGAAUAGUCCAACAUCUCUUUGAAAUGACAUCAACUGCAUUCUGUGCACAAAGAAGAUAUGAUUUAUUUAAUAGUGCAUGUUUGGAAAGCUGUUGGAGGGGUUCUCUGCCCCAUUGCUUGCUUUUGCCCCCCCCCCCCUUGCCAGGUGUCUGAAAUGCAUAUGAUGCUGACUUGGAUACCAAAAAUUAUCAGUUGUCACAGAGUUUUGGAAGCGUGCUGGGCCUAUCAGUUACAGUGAAUGACAGAAUCCAGCCAAAUCGAUGCUGCCUAAAUUUUAUUUAGUUGAGUUCAUCCAGCAAUCCUAUGUAUGUGUUUGAGCAAUUGCAAACUACUACAAGAAUCAAAAUUUCACUUUGUCUGGCGCCCAGGCUCUUUUCAUGCCUUUUUGAUUAUUUGCAGCUUUUAAAGUUUAUUUUUACACACCUAACAACGCCUUAGACAGACAAAGACCGUCCCAGAACGAAACAAUUAUUGUUAUGCUCGCAAAGUUUUAAAUGAAUACAAAGGAUUACACCAGGUAAGAUUCGUUACAAAUCGUUACGUCACAAUAGGCUAGGUACGAGGCUGUACGGGUCGUCUGAGUGGUGAAAGUGAAUCAGUGAAUCUGUUGUUGUUAUGAUCUAUCGAUUUUGGUAGUCGAAAACAAGGACAUUUCUAUAGCCACUUUAUUUCUUACGAGAAAUUUGAAUCCACUCGUAAUUGCAAUGUAAUGCAGGUAUCACAAUGCUGAUGCCACGAGAUUAAUUUCGAGAUCGGCUAUGUUUUUUUGCGGUAAGUAAAGUGAAGUUAAUGUACUUUCGCUUCCACACUGUUAUUGUAGGCCAAAUGGUUGUUUUGUUUCUCGAAUUUCUGUCCGUCGGUUCCAAUAAAUCCAGUUUGACAUCCUAGUAUUCUUCAUACAUUUGUAAAUACUCUCGAUGUUUGCCUAAAUUUGUACUUCAUGAACGUCAUGAACGUUUAAUAUUUCUUUGUAUGCAAUGAGCUUUGUUUGUAAAACUGAAAUUGAUCGGUUGAGGUCAUCAAUAUUCUUAAUGAAAAAGCGCUCUAAUGUUCCAGACUGAGGCCUUCUCAACUUUCAAUGAAUCUUUUUUUAUAGGCAGGUUUACAGGGCUGCGUAAUGUAAGUUGUAGUUGAAGCCGGAUUUAGGUGUAUCUUUCGGCAUAAUUUACAUUUCCCUUCUGAUUUAAGAUAACUUCGAGGGGAAGGAACAUAUUGCUCUAGCCUUUAAAUAUGAAAAGCUAAACCAAAUUUAUAGCUGUUCAAGAAGUAUUAUUUACUUGUUAAUCUUGUGAAAUGCGAAAAUCGAAUAAAGGGCAACUUCCGUGGCUGGUCGGUUUUUGUUUUGUUGUUGCUAUGCAACGCUAUAAUCGAAAUAGUAGCCAUUUGUGGGUAGUGUAAUGUGGUAGAUGCUGAAAGAACGUGUGUCUUUUGGAAACAGACAAACAAACAAACAGACUAGGUGCAUUACAUAGUAAUCUUUCAUUUAAUCGUUUUUGAAUGUCCAUGUCUGAUGAUAGAAAUUAUUCUCUAGAGUAAAAAAUAUUUUGAUAUUUUUUUGCAACCUGGCAUUAUAAUAA